UGAUGUAACCCCUCUUAGUUCAAUAUCUUUAUUAUUUCUUUAUUUGGCUUGUGCAUGUUAUCCUUCCGCUCAAAUUUUCUUCGAAAUAGCCGCUAUGUUAAACAAAAUUUCUGGUGUUACUGCUUGUCGCCAAGCUGCUAUUGGUUACCUUGGUGAAGGUAUCCAAUUAGAUCCUAAAAAUGUUGAGGCUUAUAUUAGUUUAGCUGAUUGUUUAUAUAAUGAUGGAAAUAUUACCGGAAUGACUGAAGUAUAUGAAAAACUAUUAUCUUUUCAUAUGAUCUCUGAUGAAAAUCAUUUGAUUAGAUUCGCCUUUGGAUGUUGUUAUAUAGGAGAUAUUGCCAAAUUAACCGCUACUUGGUCUAAUGCACUUUUAUAUUAUAAAAGAGCUCAUACUUUAAGACCAAAUGAUCCUAUUUUUUUGGCUUCUUUAACUCAAGCUAAUACACAUGUAUGUUACUGGAAGGAUCGUGGUGGAAUAGGUUAUCAUUCAGUUGAUAGUAAUGGUAAUUUACAUCGUUUCCCAACUGUUCAAAAAUCAGGACAGAUGGCUUUGGUUGCAGAUAUUGUUGAAAAAGCUAUUAAUGAUGGAGCUAAAUUUGGAAAAGGAAUAAUUGAAAAAUCUGGUGCUGCAAAAUGGAGAAAUCAAACUUUGAAUUUAAGGCAUGAAGGUGGUUGG